ACAAAAUCAAAAUGGCGGCCAGAAAUGUUGGGAAGUUCCUAUCUCCAGCUCAUUUUGAAGUUAUUCCCCGUAAAACAGGUUCUACUUCAAAAACAGGAACUGGAGACAAGAAAUUAUUAACCCCUGGAGAAUACGAGAAGGUAAAUGUUCCCGGGAAAGUUUUAAAAGAGUUAAAUGAGGCUAAAAAGAAGUUGGGAGUUUCCGAAGCUGAUCUGCAAAAUGAAAGAACAGAGGUGGACUGUCUUCGAGAUGAAGUGAAGACUUUGAAGGAAAUGUUGGAUGAGAAUGCUGUUGAGCAGAAAGAGAAGAAUCGUAGGAGUAAGGAUCUUCUGCGAAGAGCUGAGGUUGUUGGCGAGAGGUAUGACGUGAGAAGGCUUGUUGAACUUGAAGAGGAGAACGCAGCUCUUCAGUCAGAAACCAGGAAGCAACAAGCUAUAAUAAGUAAACAAAGAAACGAUAUAAAAGAGAUAAAAUUAAAUUAUGAAAGAGAGCUCGAAAAAUUAGACGAAGAGGUAACAAAGUACAGUCCCUUGGUCAGACAACUGAAACAAGAAAUCAAAGAAAAGGAUGCAAAAUAUGAGAGUGAUUUAGAAAAUCUUAGAGAACAAUUAAAAAGCCAAACUUCUGAAAUAAAAGAUUUAACAUCAGAGCUACAAAAGGCACAUGAACAGAUAAAUAUUAAUAGAGAAGGAUUUGAAAAUGUUCUUAGUCAACAUGAAGCUCAGAAAUACCAGGAUAUAAAGAGUCUUCGGGAGUCUCUGAAUAACUGUAAAUUCAAAUAUUCAAGGGAUGUGAAGGAGUUGAGUGAGUGUAUUGUUGAAAAGGAUAAGAUUAUUGGUUCACUGCGGAAUGAUUUGACAAACAAAGACAAGGAAAUGGCUGCAGUAAAAGAUGGGGCUCAAAAGAAGGAAAAAGAGUUUUUGGAAAGUGUAAGCCGGCAUAAAGCUGAAAUUCAGACUAGCCAGGAACGUUUUGAAGCAACUGGUCAAGAACUGAGACAUGCACUUCAGGAAACUAUGAAAUCACACGAAAAGACAUUGGAGGAAUUCAGAGAAAAACUGCACAAAAAAGACCAGCAGAUAAAACAGGAACAGAAUACUAUUGAACAGCUAAGAGUAUACAUUGGAGAAAACCUUCCCAAUACCCAGCUUGAAAGAAUGAGAAAUSAAAAUGAAGAAAUGAAAGAGAAAAUGGAAACAUUGAUGAAAGAAAACAAAACUGUUAAUUCUACUGUUGAAUUUCUAAAAAUCAGGCUCAGCUCGUUGAAUGAAAUCAUUUCCAUUCACGAAGAAGAACUGAAUAAGAGAAUAGGAAGUGGAGAAGAUAAAGUAAAUAGUUUGUUGUCAAGAUGGAGGCAGAAGGUCUUUGCUUUACUGGUUCAGUUGAAGUCACAAGAAAUCAGCAUUGAGAAUGAUAAGAAUAUGARCAAAYACUUGGUUUCUAGACUUCAAAGUGAGCUAGAGGYGUCAAGAAAAGACCUGGACAUCAUUUCACACACACUGGCUGAUAGAAAUGCAGAACUUCAGAUAGAAUUAAAUACAACAAAAUCCCUGCRACAGGAGCUUGCCAAGAAGACAGCUGAUGAAAAGAGUUUAAUGUCAUCUUUAAAGAGCCAACAAGAGGCAAUGCUUAAUCUGUAUGAAUGCUCCUCAAAUAUGGCUCCUUUUCUGGAGAAUCUGGGUGAUAACAUGAGUGAAGCUUUUKCAAGGCUAAGCUCACUUUCUCAAAGAGUAUCCUUUGCUAGCGGGAGAGUUCAAUUCCUUCAAGGUCUGUUUGCACAUAAAGAAGCCAAGUGGAAAAAUGAGUUUAAAAAUGUUUUAGGUGAACAAGAAAGACCUAUGGAUGCUGAAGGAACAUCCAAUGAAAAUAUAGAGGAGACAAGUUUAUUUUCAGAGCAGCUGUUGAAGGAGAUCAAAAGGCUAACACAAGAAAGAGACAUGCUGGCUACACAGGCUGUCAAAGAUGCUGAACUACUGGAGUGCCGUGUUGCAAAUAUCAGAACAGAAUAUGAGGGCAGUUUAGAAGAGUCUGCACUGAAAAUAGAACAGUUGCAGUGUGACCUGAAGKAUGAAAAAGAGCGCUGCAGAUCACUUGCAGAAAAACUCGAUGCUCUGGAAACUGUUCUUGAAGAAUCAAAUGAGACAGUUGACAGUCUUAAAAUGGAUCUASCGAAACACCACUCAGAAACUGAAAGAACACUUGACAAGGCCCUAGCAGACGAACAAGCUAAAUUCACUGAACAGUUUGCCCAACUUGAAAAGCAACUGAAUGAUGUGAGAAGAGAACACACCAAGACARUAGUGGCUCUCCGUCAAGCAGAGCAUCAAGUCAUGAGAGAGAAAGAAAAAUCAGAAGAACAAUUAAUGCUUCAAAAGAAAGAAUAUGACAUGAAACUUCAGCAGCUUGAAAAGCAGAACACAAAUCUUGAGAAAGAAAGAAAUAUGUUGGUAACAACUGUGAGACAGGAAGGUCUUACUCUUCCUCGGAUGCCACCCAAGGGAUAUAUAUCUUCUACCGAUGACUCAGAUACCAACCACAAAGAAAAAGAAAACAAGAAUUUAUCUGCAGGAACAAGUGAAGUAAAGCAGCCAACCAGACAAAAAAGCAAAAAGGGAGACAAAACUGCCAGAAGUAAAAAGCAUUUAGAACCUAAAAAUACUAAUGAGAGAGAAUCAGAUUCAAAGGCCRUGGCUUCUGCACUUUAUGACCUGAAGUCAUUAUCUGAAGCAAUCCUAAAGAUGAACGAUAAUGAUGAUGACCAUGAAAUUGUAUAGGGGUGUGUGUAUGCAUGGCUUUGGCUCCUGUAGUUACAAGUGUAUGAUGGAAGUUACAAAUGUAUGUUGAAAGAUGAUGAUGAUGAUGAUGGAUAAUGGUGACAAUGWUAUUUUUAGGGUGUCUGUAUGCAUGACUUCAGCCUCGGUAGUUAUAAAUGUAUGAUGGAAAUUACAAAUGUACGAUGAAAGAUGAUGAUGAUGGAUAAUGAUGAUGAUAAUGAUAUUGUAUAGGCAUGUCUGUAUGCAUGGCUUCUGCUACUGGAGUUACAAAUAUAUAAAGCUAGAUAUAUAGAUAAUGGAUGAUGAUGAUGAUUAUCGAUGAUGGUGAUGAUAUGUUUUGGAUAUGUUAUGUCUGUAUGUAUGGCUUCUGCUUCUGAAGCAACAGUUGGACGAUGUUGAUAAUGUUAUUAAGAUGAAUUCUUUGGUGCUUUUAUAAGAAUUUGAAGUUAUUCUCUGAAAUACUUUUAAAUAGUGUAAAUACAGUGUAGGAUAAGAUGAUGAUCAUGACUGGUGUUUUGAGGCAUUAAAUUUUAAUAAUGUGAAAACAAUAUUGUAAAAUAAAGGUCCUAAAAUAUCAAGUAAUUUAACCUGUAUUUCAAAAUUUCUGUACACUUUUUCUCAGAAGAAUUAUGUCAAAGAUAAAAAUAUGAGCCUUUUGAAAGCAAAACUACUGUUGUUACCUAUAUUACAUUUGUAAAACAUAAGUUUGUUUAAAAAAAAGUUGUGUAAA